AUUACUUGAGUUGAGACGAUGAUGAGUUUCGUAAGAUUUAUGCGAAAAUGGCUUCUUCUGUCUCUGCGUGCUUCACUCCCCAAUCCUUCGCUCGUCGCAAUGCCAAUCGCAGCAAAGUUCGAAACCCUAAAUUUCAGAAACCAGUGGUCCCUGGCGGCGAAGCCACCACCUACACUCGUCUUCCACUCAAGCACGACUAUUCCUCUUCUUCCCCUCUCUCGCCUCCCGAAAUCAAGCUCUCCGAAGCGACCCCGCCCAUCGACCACCUCCUCCGCAAUCGCAAACGGCAAACUCAGCGGGAACACGGCGACGUUUUCGAAGGCAAUGCCAAUUCCGAACCUGAAAGCGACGGCGAGGUUGAAGCCUUCGAGUAUUCGGGAGACGAGAAUGUGGAGGAAGUGUAUCCGAGCGAAAAGGAGAAGGGGGUGCCGGCGGUGAUGCGAUGCUUCGACCGGGCUAAGAUAUAUGUGAAGGCGGGGGACGGUGGGAAUGGUGUGGUGGCGUUCCGGCGGGAGAAGUACGUGCCGUUGGGGGGACCUUCGGGGGGUGAUGGCGGGAGGGGCGGCGACGUGUACGUGGAGGUGGACGGGGCCAUGAACUCGCUGCUGCCGUUUCGGAACAGCGUGCAUUUCCGGGCAGGGAGAGGGUCCCACGGGCAGGGGAGCUUGCAGAGUGGAGCAAAGGGGGAGGACGUGGUGGUGAAGGUGCCACCUGGAACCUUGAUUCGGAUGAGUGGAGAAGAUGAUGUGUUGUUGGAGAUGGUGUAUCCGGGGCAGAAAGGUUUGGUAUUGCCUGGUGGUAGAGGAGGUAGAGGAAAUGCUUCUUUCAAGUCCGGGAAUAAUAAGGUCCCCAAGAUUGCGGAGUACGGCGAAGAGGGUCAUGAAAUGUGGUUGGAGUUAGAACUGAAGCUCGUUGCGGAUGUUGGUAUAGUUGGUGCUCCUAAUGCGGGAAAAAGUACACUUUUGAGUGUUGUUAGUGCUGCAAAGCCGGCGGUGGCUAAUUAUCCCUUUACUACACUGCUUCCAAAUCUCGGUGUUGUUUCCUUUGACUAUGAUUCAACCAUGGUAGUUGCAGACCUUCCAGGUCUUCUUGAAGGGGCACACCGAGGUUUUGGUUUAGGCCACGAGUUUUUACGCCACACUGAGAGGUGUUCUGCCCUGGUACAUGUUGUUGAUGGUUCGUCACUGCAGCCAGACCUUGAGUUUGAUGCAGUUCGUCUAGAACUAAAACUAUUCAAUCCUGAACUUGCUGAGAAGCCUUUUGUAGUUGCUUUUAACAAAAUGGAUCUUCCAGAAGCAUAUGAAAACUGGGAAUCCUUCAAAGAAAAUUUGCAGUCUCGUGGGAUCACACCUUUUUGUAUGAGUGCUGUUACAAGGGAAGGUACUCAUGAAGUUAUCUCUGCUGCGUAUGAGCUUUUGCGUAAAAGUAAAGAAGAAAAUGAGGAAUACGAAGAUGGAAAAGAUAUGGUAAACUUGAAUCAUGUAGCUGAUGCAGUACAGAGGCAGCGGAAUGCAUCCAUCAGUGAUUUUGAGAUUUUUCAUGAAAGUGAUUCAAAUAUUUGGCAUGUAGUUGGAUCUGGACUACAAAGAUUUAUUCAGAUGACAAAUUGGAGGUACAUUGACUCGGAGAGAAGAUUCCAACAUGUUCUUGAGGCUUGUGGUGUGUACAAGUCUCUCAUGAAACUUGGUGUAAAGGAAGGGGACACAGUAGUUGUUGGAGAGGUGUGUCUUUUGCUUCUCCUUGGCGUUUCUAUUCACUACAAUCCUUGAUAACUCAAUGAACAGUGAUUGAUGUUAACAUAUGGUUUAGUAAAUGAAAUUUAGUUGCCCUUAAAUGUGGAACAUUAUUGAUCCCUGCUUCGUGACAA